AUAAAAUAGAUUCCUAAUACCAAAUCGAACACGGCUCCGAUACCCUACAUCCCCUCUCAAGUGAAGAACGCGAUUCCAAUUCGUCCUGCGCCGACAAUGGGGAUUCCGUCGGAAAUGAGAGAUUAUUGGGUGAACCGAAGGGAUUCGUUCGUGAUCCCUGCCCCGACCGAAGAACAGCGGACUCUAAAUGCAAGGAACUGCACUCAAGAGGGUGUUCGUGCCGGAGUGAAGGCAGCAGCAGUUACUGCUGUUGUCAUUGCUGUGCCUACGUUGGCUGCUGUUCGUGUGAUUCCUUGGGCAAAGGCAAACCUCAAUUACACCGCGCAGGCUCUCAUCAUUUCUGCAGCCUCAAUUGCCGCUUACUUCAUCACCGCAGAUAAAACCAUCUUAGCGUGUGCAAGAAGGAAUGCUCAGAACGAGAGAGCAGCUUAAGAUGGCAUAUCCAACAUGGUAUCUGCUGCAAAAUUACGCUCUACUCAUUUUUUGACGAUCAGGUCCACAACAUGAUGGCGUGACUUGAUAAUGCAUAUUAUGUCAAACUAUACACCAUCGGCCUCUUGUACCAUGAUACUUUGGGAGAGUGUUCUGUUCAAUGUUUGUAAUAAAUCAAUGCAGUUUUGUGCAUCAAUGUGAAAAAUGUUAUUUUCUUAUUC